CCCCAGGAAUUUCCCUCUGGAAGGACGGCAGGGAGCUGCACGUGCUGGAUCGCAUCGCCAGCAGCCACUUUGAGAUCCCUGACGAGGAGGAGGUGGCCAUGACCUCCACCUUCAGCAUCCUGGGCGCCCAGCGCUCGGAUAACGGCUCCUACGUCUGCAAACUCAACGUCUCCGGUGUGGAGGUGGUGUCGGAUCCCAUCCUGGUGCAGCUGGAAGGUCUCCCGCACUUCAUCCGCCAGCCCGAGCAGCUGAACGUCACCAGGAACAGCCCCUUCAACCUGACGUGCCAGGCCGUGGGACCUCCGGAGCCUGUGGAGAUCUACUGGUUCCAGAACAACAUCCAGCUCAACCACAAACCUCACAUCUCCCCGUCGGUCCUGACCGUGCCAGGACUCAGUGAGCCGGCGCUGUUCAGCUGCGAGGCCCACAACAGCAAAGGCCUGACUGCAUCCAGCCCGGGCCAGGUCAACAUCAAAGGAAUUCCAUCGGCUCCCGGCAGCGUGCGGGUCCUCAACAGGACAGCCCAUGGAAUCAGGAUAUCCUGGGAGCCGGGCUUUGAUGCCUUCUCUGCCUUGAACAGCUGCAGUGUCCAGGUCCAGGAAGCUGUUCCGAGAGGCAACGGCUCCCUUCAGCCCUUCCACACCUCGGUGCCUCCCCACGUGUAUCACAUCCAGCAGCUGGAGCCCUUGGAAGAGUACAACAUCCGUGUUUCCUGCGGGAAUGAGGUCGGCUGGUCGGCAUUCAGCCCCUGGAUAACGGCCAGCACCACCGAGGGAGCUCCCAGCACGCCGCCGCGGAACGUCACGGUGUUCUUCAACGAAUCCAGCUCCUCGCUGGAGAUCCGCUGGGAGAGACCAUCCCUGGAGAGGAUCCACGGGGAGCUCCAGGGCUACCACAUCUGGUACAGGUGGCACAACUCCGAGGGCACGAUUGUCUCGGAGGAGGCCCGGCUGAACGGCAGCGCGGCCGUGCUGCCCGUGGUGGCCACCAACGCCACCUGCUCCGUCCGCGUGGCCGCCGUCACCAAGGGGGGAGUGGGACCUUCCAGCGCUCCCGUGGAGAUCUUCAUCCCUGCCGGGGGAUUAAUAACCUCAGCCCCCUCUUCGACUCCAGCCUCUGGGAAUGCCGACUCCUUUGUCAUAGCCCUGGGAUUUAUCUGCGGGACAAUUGCCGUCGGAGUCCUCCUCUGCUUGUCCGUGGUCAUCCAGAAACGAUGCGUGGAGACAAAAUACGGGAAUGCCUUCAGCAGGAACGACUCGGAGCUGGCAGUGAGCUACACUGCCAAGAAGUCCUACUGCCGGAGAGCCGUGGAGCUGAGCCUGGGAAGCCUGGGUGUCAGCAGGGAGCUCCAGCAGAAGCUGCAGGAUGUUGUUGUGGACAGGAAUGCCCUGAGCCUGGGAAAGGUCCUGGGAGAGGGGGAGUUCGGGUCCGUGAUGGAGGGACGGCUCAGCCAGCCCGAGGGGCCCCCGCAGAAGGUGGCUGUGAAGACCAUGAAGUUGGACAACUUUUCCCAAAGGGAGAUCGAGGAGUUCCUCAGCGAGGCGGCAUGCAUGAAGGACUUUGACCAUCCCAACGUCAUCAAGCUCCUGGGGGUGUGCAUCGAGCUGAGCUCCCUGCAGGUGCCCAAGCCCAUGGUGAUCCUGCCCUUCAUGAAAUACGGGGACCUGCACAGCUUCCUGCUGCGCUCCCGCCUGGAAAUGGCUCCCCAGUUUGUGCCCCUGCAGACCCUGGUGAAGUUCAUGGUGGACAUCGCCCUGGGCAUGGAAUACCUGAGCAGUCGGAACUUCCUCCACAGGGACUUGGCAGCUCGGAACUGCAUGCUGCGGGAUGACAUGACGGUGUGCGUGGCAGACUUUGGCCUCUCCAAGAAGAUCUACAGCGGCGAUUACUACCGGCAGGGCCGCAUCGCCAAGAUGCCGGUCAAGUGGAUCGCCCUCGAGUCCCUGGCUGACCGUGUCUACACCACCAAGAGCGAUGUGUGGGCAUUCGGCGUCACCAUGUGGGAGAUCGCCACGCGCGGGAUGACGCCGUACCCGGGCGUGCAGAACCACGAGAUCUACGAGUACCUCUUCCACGGGCAGCGCCUGAAGAAACCCGAGGAUUGCCUGGAUGAGCUGUACGAAAUAAUGUCCGAGUGCUGGAGAGCCGACCCCGCCACCCGCCCCACCUUCUCCCAGCUCAAAGGCCAGCUGGAGAAGCUGCUGGAAAACCUGCCCAGCGCCAAAGCCUGCGGGGACAUCAUCUACAUCAACACCGGCCUUCCCGAGCAGAGCCCGGACUCCACGCAGGAUUCGGGCUUCCCGCAAGCGGACUCGGAUUUGGACGCCGCGGAGGCGUCGGAGCCCGGCUCGCCCGGCGCGGAGGCGGCGCUGGUGGCCGUGGAUGUGCAUCCCGGCGAGGCGUGGGACGCCAGGUACGUGGUGGAGGAGCAGCUUGGUGGCCCCGUGGAGGAGCCCUACGUGCCGCUGCUUCCCUGCCGGGGCUCGGAGGCGGGCAGCCGAUGGAGCCAGGCCGGCACUUUGCCGGUGUCGGAGCGGCCGCGGGCCGGGAGCCGCGGGGAGGACUCGGAAGCGCCGCUGGGAGCGGUGUGAGCGGCAAGGACACAGAGGGAAUAUUUUAAUAAACGCUCGUCUCUUUUA